AUGGAUGCCAAUGGAAGCGGGGAUGAUGGGCUGAUAGAGGAGCAUGUGGAUCUUGAGGACGACAGCAUCAAUUUCUGGGCAACGCUGGGCGUCAGCCCCCACGUCCAUGUUUCUGUCGGGGAGCAUGAAGCCCAGAUGCAGGAGCAUAUGGACCACUCCUCCCUGGAGGUGGUGGACACUAAUGCCCGGCGGGAUCUUUUCGAUACGGACGGCGACCACCGGCUGGAGCCCUACGUGGGCAUGGAGUUCGAAUCCGGGGAGGCGGCGAAGACCUUCUACAUCGCCUACGCCGGCCGCAUCGGGUUCUGCGUUCGCAUAGCCCGGUCGCGGCGCUCCAAAUGCAACGAGACGGUGAUCAUGCUCCGCUUCGUGUGCUCGCGGGAAGGCUGGAGCAGAGAGAAGCGCAUCGUCGAGGGGAAGAAGACGAGGAAGCGGGCGGCCUCCAUCCGGGAGGGCUGCAAGGCGAUGCUCGAGGUGAUCCGCAAGGGUGACGGCCGGUGGGUGGUCACCAAGCUGGUGAAGGAGCACAACCACGAGGUGGGGAUGCCGAGCAGGGUCCACUACAUCGCCACGGAAGGGGACGGCGCAAUGGAGCCGUAUCUGGGCAUGGAGUUCGACUCGCUGGAGACGGCGAGGACCUUCUACUACGCCUACGCAAGCCGCGUGGGCUUCGAGGCGCGCGUCCGCCAGUCCCGCCGCUCCCUGCACGACGAGACCCUGAAGAUGCUGAAGCUGGUCUGCUCCAAGCACCGAUACCACUCCGGCAGGGAGAGUUUCGAGGACGGCAAGCUGGGCCAGGGGCACCACCACCCGGAUCCCUCCUCCUGCAGGGACGGCUGCGACGCCCUGUUCGAGAUCAUCCGCAAGGACGGGGGGAAGUGGGUGGUCUCAAAGCUCAUCGUCGAUCACAGCCACCCGCUGGCGCCGGCCCCGCCGAGCCGGGUGAGGUGCGUCCGCUCGCAGGGGGAGAUCCUCGUCAUCGCCAAGAACUUCGCCGACACGCGCAACCUCCUGCUGAACCGCCAAGAGUCCCACUUCCCCAGGGAGGUCCGGUACAACGACCUGGGCCCCGAGGACGCCCAAGGUCUCCUGGAGUACUUCAAGAAGGCCCAGGCCGAGAGCCCCGCUUUCUUCUACUCCCUGCAGGUGGAGCACGGCUACAUGGUCAACAUCCUCUGGGCGGACGCCAAGGCCAGGAUGGCCUAUCACUACUUCGGCGACGCCGUCACCUUCGACACCUCCUCCGUGAACGACAAGAACAUGAUCCCCCUGGUGACCUUCGCCGGCGUGAACCACCACCUGCAGCCCGCCGUGUUCGGCUGCGCCCUGCUGGUGGACGACUCCGAGGCGUCCUUCGUCUGGCUGUUCGAGAACUGGUUGCUGGCCAUGUCCGGCCGCGCUCCGGUCUCCUUUGUGACCGAUCUCAACUCCUGCAUGGCGGCGGCGGUCUCCAAGGUGUUCCCCGGCACCCGCCACCGCUUCUGCAAGAGCAGCGUCAUCAGGAGGAUACAUGAGGAGCUCUCCGACGUGUGCGGCGCGCACGCCGGCUUCGGGGCGGACCUGAGCCGAUGCGUCGACGAGACCGAGUCCUGCGAGGCCUUCGACUCCUGCUGGGAGUCCCUCCUCGACAAGUACCAUCUCAGAGACAACGCCUACCUGCAGUCCCUGUACGACAUCCGCCACCACUGGGCCCCCGCGUACCUCAAGGACACCUUCUUCGCCGAAGUCGUCGGGACCACGCGGCCGGAGAGCGUCGUCAGAGCCGCCGACAAGUACCUCACCGCUAAGACACAGCUGCGGGUGGCCGUCAGGCAGCUCGGGCAGGCGUUGGCGUGCCGUUACGAGAAGGAGGCUCAGGCCGACUUCGACACCCUGUUCAACAAGCCUUUCUUGAAGACGGCCUCCCCCAUGGAGAAGCAGGCGGCCGGCAUCUACACGAGGACGCUGUUCGACAGGUUUCAGGAGGAGUUUGUGGAGUCCCUGGGCUACCAUGUGGACAAGAUCGAGGACGGGAUCGUCAGCAAGUACUGCGUGACCAAGACCGUCGACGCCCGCGGCGCCUACAUGGUCAGCCACAACGCCUCCUCCAACAGGGCGACAUGCAGCUGCGGUAUGUUCGAGUUCUCCGGCAUCCUGUGCCGGCACGCCCUGCGGGUCUUCAUCAUCGUCGGCAUACGCACGCUGCCGAAGGAUUACAUCAUCAAGCGCUGGACGAGGAACGCGAAGAGCAACGUGGUUUCGGAGGAGUGCAGCGCCGGCGGGCUCUGGGGCGGCGGCGGCGGCGGGGCCGCCGGUGACGAUCCCUCGACCGCGAGGUACAACGACCUGUGCCGCGAGGCGAUGAAAUGCGCCAAGGAGGGGGCGUCCUCGACGGAGUUUUACAAGGUCGCCAAAGAGGCGCUGCAGAGGGCCUUCGCCGAGGUCAUCUCCGCAAAGCAGAAGAAGGAGCAGCAGACAUUACAGAACUUCAUCAAGUCGCAGAAAAACAGGAAGCAGGGAAAGCUGUCAUCUCAGAAGAGAGGUAUGGGUGCGAAGGGUGUGAAGAAGCGCGCGUCGAGGGCUGGGGCGGUGGAGAAGGAGAACAGCGACACCGACAAGAAGGAUUCGGUGGUAGCAGAGGCCGCAGGCUGA